AUUAGUUUUAUAUGACCAAUUUGAGAUCUUAAGAUUGAGCAGACAAUAUCACUCUUCUUUUUAAAUAAAUGCACGAAGUAAUUAAUAUUGGUGAGACAAGAUGGCACUCAAUAUAUUUAUAUCCUUCCUCGACUUUCGAUUCUUAUAUUUGUCACUUUAUUUACUUACAUGAUUUCUAUACACACGGAAUAAACACGGCGUCGACAUAUGAUAAUGAUUUUUUCACAUAACCCUUAUGAUGCAUGAUUUUAACAACUUCAUAAUUAUACUAACGGCAGAAAAAACUAUUGUUGGCUAAUAAUCCAUUUCUAGCCAAAUAUGAAAAAAAAAACGCUGUCAACGGUAAAAACAACAACAGGAUGUUGCGACGGAAAACCAUUAGUAACCCGUACGAACAUAUCCAAAAGCAUCAAUAUGCAGGCCCUAGCGACAAUUGUGCUCCCUCCAGAGAAAACCAAGGCUUCCAUUCAGAUGCCAAUCAAAUUCACAGUUCUGGCCCCAAAUUUGAAUCGGGUGAUUCACAAACAGCAUCACCAGAGCAAAUGAAAAUUAUCAGCCAUGCAGCUCAAACUACCAGCAGAAAGAUCGGGAAUCGUGCCGACCGACAAGUGUUAAUUGUGCCCGAGAUUUCUUCAAACGUCAUAAUAGGUUCUUCCGAUGAUGGGGAAUAUGAUUGCCUAGUGGCUCGACGGCCUAUACGCCUACCGUUGCGUAAGCAUCACACCUUUCACUUCCAAAACACACAGACAGCUAAUGGCAAGUUAUGUGAGCUGCGGGAGCUACUGCAACUGCAGAUGCAAGAAAGGGCUAAAUUCGAACAAGAAGAGGUUCCUUUAGUAAUUGGUCCGGUGGAGUUAAGUGAACAACACGCCUUUAAGCCGAUUUCACCAACACCUACAUUGACAGCUUCGGCAGAGCAGAAGACACGAUAUCAGAAUCAAAAUGACUUUCUUCUCUCAAAUGAAGAUGAUGAAGAUCUUGGAUACAGUUUCUGUGAAGAAGAAUGCAUGGUAGACAGCGAUAACUAUCCCACCUCGGACAAUCGUAGUACUGCCCCUGCUUCAAACUCCAUUACAUCGAAAGCUAUUUAAAACGAGACUGCAUGUGCUCUGGAUACUUUAUAUAGCAAAGCAGUUGUGAAGUUCAUAUUUAGAUAUAAAAUUAAAAAUUAAAACAAGCCUAAGUGACGCAGACAAGGUAUUUUAUAUUGAACAUAGUUAGCAUUUAAUUAAACAAUAAAUAUGUAAAAACUGUUUACUAAAAACCAAAACCAAAUUGUAAUAUUGUCAGUGGAACAAUAUAAAAAAAUGUUUAAUGUUUUUUAAAAUGUGUAUACCCGUUACUCUUACAGCAAAAGUCUAAGUUGUAUGUUGAUGUUGUAAAUUGUAUGUAACAGGUAGAAGGGCGCAUUUACGACCCUAUUAAGUGUGGAAUUAUGGUGGUAUGUUGAUGCUCACUAUUCUAGUUGAUUUUCUUCAUUCUGUCUGUCUGUCUGUAAACGUGCUCAGUGCCCCUCGAUUUCCUAUGCCCACAAAUCGAAAAAAUCUGUACCACCCAAUGUUUUAAUGUUUAAUUUUUUGGUUCUGAUUUAAAUUAAUUUCAACAUUGCUACAAAUUUCAACAAAAUUCUGCUUUCAUUUUUAUUGAAAUGCAUUUAUUUUGUCAGUACCCAUAGAUUUGGUUAACAGAGUAACGGGUGUUAGAUUUAAUAUAGUCGAGACACUCGACUAUAGCUUUUCUCCUUGCUUAGAAUUCAAUUGGUAAAUAUGACUGAAGUUUUGUAGCCUAUUUAGACAUAAAUACAUUGAUACUUUAUAUGAAAAAAGUAGAAUAUUUACAAUGUUAUCCCACAACUUAGCUGAGCAGUUUUUCUUUGUUUUUAACUCUUCUUAUUCCCUUUGAUAUUCCCCCCAUUUUUUUAUAAACAGUAAUGUACGAAUCAAUAUAACAAGCCAAUGUUAAACAUAUAAUGUCCGAAAAAUAUACGAUUUAUACAAAAGA